AUGACUUUCCCUCUAUCACUCCUACUUAUCUCCAUCCUCACACUCAUCAAUUCCACUUUCUCCGCCACCAUUCUGCCUGCCUCUCUCGAUCAUAAUGUCUACAGCCAUUUCAAACCUCAGGGAGAAGCUCCGCCAUACGUCCCUCCCCAAACCAACUCCCGAAGCGCAAGCCUAACCUCCAGCCGAAUCUCACACAUCCAAACCUCCUCUGCUGCCCCUGCCAGAUCCACAACCGUCUCCCACCGUGGCGCUGGUGACCCUUGCGGUCCACAAGGCAAUCAAACGGAUUUCGAAUCCACCCUCAAUACCUGCGGCCAGAUAAAUACGACCUACACCGACGCCCCCAGUAUAUAUGGCGUGCAAUGCCUCAACACGAAUCCGAGCUGGAAUCAGAGUAUUAAUACUACAUCCUGCGCCAGCAACAUUAACGACAUUUGCGCUGCGAUAGUCUCGAGUCAAGUAACCGCAUCACAAUGGACUUGGUCGAGUGGGGGUCCUAAUUGUACAGUGGGCAUCUGGUUCAAUCCCCGCCCCGCCGCAUCACCCUUACUCCAACGGAAAAAUUGCCGCACUGAUAUCUACCAGCUGAUGCAAUCGACCUGUUUCCCAUCUCAAGGCAGGCAAUUCAACGUCGCGGCUGUGAAUUUGCGCACUCUACCCGAUGUGAGAACGAAUGGCUCGCAGGUCGAUCCGGGGUAUCCAAGUUAUAUCAUCGUGCCGGAGACGUAUGAUAACAUCUACAAUGGUACGCCCGCUGCUGACGAGCCUUCGGAUGGGGAUGAGGAGGGGGGCGGGGAGGGUGAGGAGGAGGGGGGUGAGGAGGCGGAAUAUGCAGGAGGAAAUGAAGAGGGGGGAGGGGAAGGGGAGAAUGCGGAGGGGAACGAGGAGGGUGAGGGUGAGGGUGAGAAUAGUAACUGA